AUGGAGCACCCUACUACUGAUGAAUCUUGGUGCAUCGUCGAGAACUGUCCAGCACAGAUCGAUACCGAGGCCAAUGAUAUCAUAGGGAUUUCUUCAAUCCACGUCGUUGGAGAUCGGACAGUGGCAGGUACAUUCUUGAUAGGUGUUGCGAAUACACAGACGGUCUACAAUUCUAUUCCAAAUGAAUACCGGUGGACCAUGAACAUUGGCACAGCCUACUCCACAAGUGACGUUGCGAAGAUCCGGGAUCUCGUAAAGCCGGUGCUUCAGGCGACUCUGGGGUCCAGAGGCAUCUCAACGAUUGAUAGUGGCAUCAUGUCUACAAAUGCGGAUCUUAAAUAUGCCGUGUACAUUGUGUUACACAUGACCAGUACAGCGGAGCGGGCAGUCUCCUCGCUGAUCAGUAGUCACUCGGCAGCGACAAGGUUUGCGAUGAACAAGUACCGUGAGAUUUUCUCCGUACCUGCCGCUAUGGCAAAGUCCCUGCUUGACGAGAUUGUCCAAACCUGUCACCAGGUCUCGGCUGGUGGAUUCGUGGAGGAGCAGCGGCUGGCGGCUGAGUUGGAAAGAAUUAAAGAAGUAUCAUCGUGGACAACAAGUUGCAUGAGAAGACGCGAGCCACGGUCGGCCCUACGUGCUUCAGAAGAAGCACGUAAGGCUGCGGAGGAUGUACGCUUAGACCUGAGCCAGAGACUCGCAUCGUCACAAGCGCAGCUCAUUGAGCUUGCCAUGCUGGCCCCGGCUCGCAAGCGGGUUAAAAACUACUAA